GAGAGCAGUGAGCCAGUAAUCAUAAUGCUUAGGCUGAAAUACUUUAUAAUCUUGAUCAUCUUGAUACUACCAGCGGUGGUUGCGUCGGAGGAGGGUGAAAUUGACACACUUGAUGCUGCGUACUGUAAAAAUGGCGCGGUGACGCAGAAUGACGUCAAUUUACUACUCUCAUCCUUAAAUGAUCAACGCACGAAAUUGGCUAAAGGAUUGCAAUCUAAUGGAAAUGACGAGGAUUCAGUACUCCCUCCAGCCAAGAACAUGAAAAAAUUGGCAUAUGACUGCGACCUCGAACGUAAAGCCAAGCUUUUUCUGGACUCAUUGGAUUGUGACAAUACAUUAUCAAAGAAACCUGAUAAGGGAUAUUUCUAUUACGGAGACUUCACUGGUAACGAUUUGCGAGCCUCCGAUAAUGAGGAUUUGCCAUGUCUUCUGAGGGUUCAAUCAAAAAGAAUCAAUAAGUAUGGUUUCUCCUCCUUCAAAACGAACGAACCUGUGGAGUACACGGACGACGAUGAAAAAUUGCUUUUUUAUGCCAAUCUGAUGCGUGCUAAAGCCUCUAAAAUAGGUUGCACAGUCCGAACAUGCCCUUCUGAUAAGGCGGAAGUUCUCCAGUACUUGUGCUUCACCGAUCAGAAGAAUAUCCAGAUUAGAGAACAAAUUUACGAGGUGGGCACAGGAGAAAACUGCGAAUGCGAUGAGCCUAUGACUUGUGAGGGAUCGCUAUGCGUGACAGCAGAAUUUCCUGGACCAAGCACUGCUGAUGAAGAUGAGGAGGAACCUGAAGAUCACGAAGAUGAAGAUAAAGAUGAGGAGGAACCCGAAGAUUACGGAUUUGAAGGCGAGCCGAAAGAGCCGAGCACCAAAUGUACGUCUCAAGAAAUUUCCGACACCAUGAGAAUGCGUAUGCAAAAAAUUCACAAUCGCCUACGCUCGCAGCUCGCCUUGGGGCAAGUUAAGAUAAAUAAAAGGAGAACUUUACCGACGGCGAGCAACAUCAAUUACCUGGUUUGGGAUUGCGCAUUGGAGGAGAGAGGCUCACGAUUUCCUCAGAAGCUGUCCUGA